AUGCUCUUUUCAACUGCUGUUACUGCUAUCGGUCUUCUUGCCGCUCAAGCUGCCGCCCACGGCGCUGUCACGAGCUACGUGAUCGAUGGCACGACCUACCCCGGCUACGAAGGCUUCGCUCCAGCCACAAGCCCGAAGACCAUCCAGUGGCAAUGGCCCGACUACAACCCCACCAUGACCGUGACAGACAAGAAGGUCAUGUGCAACGGCGGUACCUCUGCCGACCUCACCGCUAAGGUCGCUGCCGGCGGCAAAGUGCGCGCGAACUGGAAGCAAUGGACACACGCACAAGGCCCCGUCAUGGUGUGGAUGUACCCGUGCGGGUCUGACUUCAAGUCGUGCAAUGGCUCGGGCAAGAAGUGGUUCAAGAUCGACCAAAUGGGCAUGACGGCCCCUCCCCUCUCCGGUACCAGCUGGGGCGCCAACCAAAUCCUCACGAAACUGUACUUCGAAUCCACCAUCCCGAAGAGCCUCAAGGCAGGCAACUACCUCAUCCGCCACGAGAUCAUCGCGCUCCACCAGGCCAACACUCCUCAAUUCUACGCUGAGUGCGCGCAGCUCGAGGUCACUGGCAGCGGAUCUGCCUCGCCGAGCGGCGACUAUCUUGCUACCAUCCCCGGAUAUGCGCCCCAGAGCGACCCGGGAAUCACCGUGGAUACGUAUGCUUCUAAUGCCCCAACUACGUACACUCCCCCUGGCCCCAAGGUCUGGUCGGGUUAA